CUCCGAAUCAAUUGCUGUUGUGGUUGACGAUUAAUCUAGCUAUUCAAAAACUUCGACAUAACCAUAGCGGAUCCAAGUAAUCCAUGGAAGAGCCUAAACUAUGGAUUGUGGGUCCAAAAAGAUAUGUUCGUCAAAAUCACGCAGCGUAAAAUGAGUUACUAGCACCGCAGGCGUAUGGAUUGAUUUUGUCUUUCCGCUUCUCAAAUUUUGAUUUUACUUAUGCGCAACGCCGAUACAUUUCCUACCACUCGAAUUACUUCAAGACCUUCCUCUAGCAGCAAAACGAAGCUCCUUCACAGGUUUUCUCAACGCAAAUCGAAGUCUUUCAAUAGAUCCUUCAUUAAAUCCGAUUCCCGCCAAAAGCGCAAACAUGUCUUCCAACAAUCCUUCGGCCCCUCCAUCUCCACCCCCUCCAACCCAAACCCAACCUCAAACUCCUAAACGCACUGCUGCUCCAUCAUCACCCGUCUCCCUACCAGCUGGCGUUAAUCUCAACCUCCUGGCCGAAUACCGUGCUCAACAAUAUCGAGACUCUCUCGCAAGUGUGCAAGCCAACACGACCACCUAUACAAUCGACUUUCUGCGCAUCGUUACGACUACGGGUGCAACUACCACCACGCUCGAGAUUGUUAAUAUUGUUCGAAGGGACAAUUAGGCUGGUUUCCGGUUACUGGAUGUGGUGGAGAACUUAUUGGGAUUGGUGGUGCUGGGUCUGGAGGAGAAUUUUCUUGGGAGCGCAAACUGGUUAGUAGGCAUCUGAGGCAGCCAGGGAUGAUUGAUGAGAUAGGAAUUUGAUGGGGAGUUAGUAGAAAUGAAGCGUUGGGGAGCAAGGAGUUGAGGAUGGGUUGGAGGAGUAUUUUUGAGCCGCAGUUAUGGG